AUGUCUGUGACAUGCUGUUAUCUUCAUGCAGAUAAGCCCAAAGUGUAUCAGGGAGUCCGCGUGAAGACCACGGUCAAAGAGCUGCUGCAGAGACACCGAGCCCGCGAGGCCAACAGCAAAAAAGUUAAAACGAUAUCCCAGGCUUGCUUGGAUCUCCAGGAACUUUGCGCGUCCACUUUUCCAAAUCGCUAUGUGGACCCUCCCCCCGCCGUUCCUCAAUCAGCCGACUCCGACAACUGUGGUGCGCGAGCCCUCCAGUUGCGCACCGCCUCGUUCCCUUUCUCUGACAGCUGCAGCAUCCAGAUGCACGAAAACGUAUUUGAUGACAACCAGCAGCAGCUUGGGGACAUGAUGUUGCCCAGCAACGCCUACAGUGGCAGCAACAACCACAGCACUCCCGUCGGUUGCGGCGGCUACACAACUCCACUGCCUACUCGACCCACCUUCCCGCUGCCCUGGUGCCAUGGACUCUCCUCUGACGCGGACUACUAUGGCCAGGAGAUGGCUCCCUGCUCCUCUCCAGAGUCCCUGAAGCUCUGCAAUCCCAUUGAUCCCAACAGCUACUCGCCACAGGACUCCUUCUCCUCCUCCUCCUCUUCCUCCUGCUACGACUCACCCACGAGGAUGGGGUCCAGCUUCCACGGCGAUUUCGCCUCAGAGCACUACCACUAUCAGAACUGCAAUCCCCAGGACUGUUACUGCCUGCCCCACUGCUGGCCCGGCCAGCAGGAGAGCUUCUCUGCCCCUGAAUAUGCACCUUACUACAACCCCACAGACUAUCCUUAUGCCUGUCCUGUGGAGGAGAACUACUUCAGGAGGGAUCUGCAGAUGAGCUCGGAAAUGUGUUACAAUGUACUAUGAUGAGAUCCGCAGCAGUAUUUUGUUUUUUGGACUGUAAAUAUGAAUCCUUUUAGAAAGCUUGAUGAUCUGCUUUGCAUUUCAAUGUGUGUAUGCUCUGACUGACUUUUGCUUUAGUGGAAUAUGAUGAUUGAAUGUGUGGAAAUGGAUGAUAUUUUUGUAUUUACUACUUUUUUAAUACUCAGAUUUAUUUUCUUACUUGUAAAUUGUUUCUGUUCCAAAUAAAUAUGUGCCAACUGUA